AUGCAGCCUCAGGGAUCUUCCUUUCUUUCUCCAGUCCCUCGCCCAUCAGGCCUUCCUCUGAAUUCCGCAAUGUGCCCAAUGCCUCGACCAAGACAGCCUCUCAUCUCCAACACAGGCCCAUCUCCAUCAGUUACUCCUGCAGCUAAUCUAGUUGUCAAUGCAAGACUACGUUCUCCCGCACCGCACCUAAAUGCAUACAGGUCAUCCUCUUCAAUUCCCACGGCCACAACUACUCCAACUUCGUUGUCGCUUCCUCAAGCUUUAACAUAUUCAGUGUUAAUUCAGCAACAGCGAGAACGGCUACAGCAACAGAAUUUGGGCAAUGGAUUGCAAGGCAGCAAUGAUGUGGUCUGUCUUUCAGACGACGAGUGA